CACUCAAGAUAAAGUUCAACUAGAGCACCAUGCUCCAUACAGCAAUCCUGGAUGCCAAUGGACUACUAAUUGUGAAUGAGGUUUCGAAGUCAUGAAAAUUGAGUUAUGAACCUAGACUGAGCAUCAAGAACCUCUCAAGAUAAGAAAAAUAUUGAAGUAUCGUGUCACAGAAAUUUUUUCAAAAUUUUUAUAAAUCAACUUUUGAAGCUAACUUCACUGCUGGUAUCUGUGAGGGAGUUGAGGAACCAGCUUAUGAAGAUUAUGCAAUUGAACAGCAUAAAAAAAAAAGAUUCCAGUAAACAACUGCAAAUAUUUAAGUGAAAAAUAAAGUCUACUGAGAUAAGUUUACAUAAAUACAGUACAUACAUGUACUUCCAAUACCAUUUCCUCACACGUGUCUAUAAUAUCUUUGUUUAAAAGCAAAACAUAUUCCUAUACAAAUCAGUCUAUCAUGGGAAGUCUUUCUUUAUGUGCAUCAAUACAUAUUUUAAUAGGAGGACUAGGCCUAUUGUUAAAUGUAGCUGCUACGAUAUUUACCAUUAAAAGAGUUAAGCGACCUCUAAAUACAACAGUUAUCUAUAAAAUAUCUGAUACAAUAUCUGGGGCCAUAGGAAGCCUUCUCCUUUUUUGUGAUGGCUUUCUUUACUUUGGGAACAGUGAAUAUACCUAUUCUUGCCAUAGGUAUUUCAUAAUAUACUUCCUUGUACUUUUUCCAAUAAUUACAAGCAAUUUUUCCAUUUUGGGUGUAGCUAUUGAUCAUUAUCUAACUGCCAAAAAUGAUACCUUCAGGUCAACAUCAUGCCAACAAGUUUUCCGCAUUCUCUGGACAGCCACCUACUGGUUCACCACUGCAGCAUCUAUCAUAAUCCUUUGGGGUAAUACAGAAAAAGAUGGAAAAUUUCUGGGUGAAAAUACAUUUUACUGGAAAACAAACGAACUGAUUCGUCUCAAUCGCGGUCUACUUGAAGAUCUGUGGGCUCACAACAGUAAGAACGACUGGUCUAGUGAUUUUCGAGAAAAUGCCAUUAUAGGUCUUGUGUAUGGCAUCAUAGGAGGCAAUAUUUCGCACGAGGCACUUAAAAAUUUUCACGGGAACCCUCAAAGUGUAGCAGAAAAUCAACGACAAAUACAUAACCUUCACGCUGCCUUAGGAAUUCGCAAUUCGGAUUUCCAAAAAGUCUUUGGGACAAAUCUAACGGUAAAUUCCCAAAACAGCAAAGAAACUACUAACAAUUCCCCUACAAUCCUUGAGGAAUCUUCAAAUUCAUUAGAACAGUCAGAAAACCACUCUGAAAGCAACAUCUUUCUUAAAAAGGGCAACAUUUCUGGUUUAUUCAAGCCCUCUCAUGGACUAACUAUCGACAGACUGCAACAAAAUUCAGUGAGCAAUCAUAACUGGCAAAAUCAUUCUGAAACCAUCUCUCAGAAUACUAAUAAGGAACAACAUCUGGACUUCUCUAACAGUUCAUCAGGCACCCAUUCCCAAAUUAAUACUGGAUUAGAUAAAGAUCAAUUUCAUUCAACUAAAAAUUCCACUACAAGCACUCACAUGUUGGCAACAACCACACACACAGGAAAGGGAGGUAACGCUAACUCCCUGAACAUACGGAAUAAUGCCAAUACAGAUCCAAAACCUCUAGAUUCUUCUUUUCCAAAUGGCAAUAAAGGGUCAAUUGCAGAACUGCUAGUAAUACGUACAGAAGUUCCAAAUCCUGAUAGUUAUGACGUAACCUUAACUCCUCAGGAUGUUUCUUUAACUCCGGAAGAAACAACCAGUGUUCCUGAAACAUUACCAACAGAGAGUGAUAUCACUGCAACAAGUCAAGAAACAUUCACAGAACCUCCAACAACAAUAAAACCUGAUAACAACUUCGAUACUACUACCAGUACAUCACAAACAACUGAAGUAGAAAGCACAACUGAGAACCCAAAUACCAUCAACUAUAAAUCUUCUACGCCUUCAAAUCACGGUCUAACACAAACAGAUGGUUCGUUACAUACACUAAAGAUAACCUCUGCUUGUAGGCCUCAGGUUGGUUUUUUCCCACCAUUUAUAAUGAUCAUCAUCAUUUGUGUGCAUGGACUGCCAUUAUUGACUAGUGGAUUCUUAAAUGCAAGUACAGGCUGCGACAAUCAGAGAUGCACGAGAGUAAAUGACCUGAAUUCAAGGCAUUCCAACAAGUCCACAAUUCAACAGUUAACAAGAAAGGCUUUCAUAAUCCUAACAGUAAACUUCUUAUGCUGGACGCCAUUUCUAUUCGAGAGACUACUUUAUGCAUGGGAAAGAACACCUGCACUACCGAUUAUAGUGCCAUCAUUAUUAUUCAUUUUGGCCCAAAUGUACAACAUCAUUCGAGCUGUAUUUUACAUAUUUGACAAUGAAGAGUUUCAGGUUAAUAUGCAAGUCAGCCUCUGCCUGCCUUCAAGAUGCUGCAAAACUACUGUCCUGCCCAUUAGCAAUGCACAUUCUGAAACAACCUCCUGUGAUGAAAUAUCACAGUCUCGCAAUUCUACUCGAAACGGAGGAAUGGCCACUAAUCCGUCUCCUAGACCAAAUGUUAAGUCUAUUCCUAUGAUCAAUUUGCGCUAUUAAAUAAACUGAAAAAUGAAUUUUUGCUGACUUACCAAAAGGCACCUAAGAUCAAGAAAAAACUUGUAAUAUUUUAAAAUGAAAAAGAAAAUUACAACAGCCAAUCUGUGAAAUACUACUGUGUAAGUACGUUUAUCUGAUUUUCAUUAAAUACCAAACUGCCCUAUAUAGUUUUUCAUUAACCUAACUAAAUGUAAUAUAGAUGUGCAUAACAAAGAAAAGAGGGUUCUAUAAUCUAGUAGGUAAACCUACUUGCCUUAAAAAUUCAAGGAAACGGUUACAUUGUAAGCCUUCCAUGGGCGAUGAAAUGCCAACUUCGUAACUUGAACAAACCAAUCUAAUUCAAAUUAUAAUUCAAAUAUAAAAAUAACACAAAUGAUUGCCCAUUAACAAAUACCUUAGAAUAACUCUUAUUUCAGGAAAAGUGAAAACAGAGCAUAUUCCUAGUAUAGUUAAAGUCAUAAGUUUACAUAUGAAUUUUCCAACUAAUUUACUACAAUUUAAAAUAUUCUUCAGCACUUUUGUUUCCAAAUAAGGUAUAUACAGCCUACAAUUUUUUUUCAUUACAUACAUAAAAUAACUUCAGCAUUAAUUCACUUAGUAUUACAAUAUACAAUCAAUAUCACCGCAAUAGCUUUGGAUGCUAUAAUGCUUCAAGACUAUUGUACACCUCUACAUGCUAAUUUCCAGUAUAUUUUUGGAUUUCACUACAUACCCUAAUAAUCAUCCGUGUUAUGUAUGUACCAAUGAAUGAACUCUCCUACAAAAUUUAAGAUGAAUUUGACAAAGAGUUACAGAAUGUUUUGGGAAGGGACUGUAGAGAGCAGAAAGUGUUUACUAUCCAUUUAAUCAAAAUGGUACUUUGACAAACUGUUCAUAAUAUAGUGCUUUGUCAAAUGUGUUAGUUAAGGGGUUUAUUCUUGACUUACAAGGUGCUGCUAAGCAUCGUCAACCUAUGAAUUCGAACGUCCU